CAGGCCAAUGGCCCGAGAAGCGAAGGUGAGGAGGACGCCGGUUCGCUCGCUUAGAGGAAGCAACCAAACCCUAAAUUUAUUUUCCCACUGCUGUGCGAUUCUGGUUUCCACCUCUCUCUUUUGCUCGCAGAAAUCUUCUCCCCAAAUUGACGAGUAGCUGCAAGAAACCCCCCUGGUUGCCUUCCUCUUUCAAUCUUUCGCGGAGCAACAUCUCUUUCUGCGAUCCGGGUAUCAUGAAUAUUAGCAGAAGAUUCAAUCACCUUGACAAGAAAAUAUCUGAGCAUUUGACGAUGGUUAAAGAGUAGCACGGGAGAGUUUAGAGAAAUUACCUUAUCAGUGACUCUCCAAAGGAUACAAAGAUCUGUGGGGCAUUGAACUAUGAAGAGAUGUGGAACUGAUUCAUUUGGAAGAUAGGAUCCAUUAGAUGUCUCGGAUACGUAAUGUGGCAGUUGCAAGUGCUCUGUUGGCGUUUGCUGGAGCUGGCCUAGCAUUUCCUUUCUUCUUUGUGAAAUCGAAGAAUAGACCCAUAAUUGACCACUCAAAGCCGCUGCCACCUCAGGCUAACUUCCGAGGACCAUAUAUAAAUACUGGCUCUCGUGACAUCGGGCCCGACAAUUCUACAUAUGUCAAAAAAUGACUCAAUUUAUUUCCACAAUAUCCUGCUGUACCCAAAGAACAUGUUUUGUUAGGAACAAUUCCCCCCAAAAAACUCCUCUUAUUCUUGUCAUUUUAUUAUGUCUAUAAAUUGCCAAACUGGUGGUCAAGUUUACAUCAGUAACCGUCCUGUACCAGGAACUCUUAAAUCACAAACCAUUGCAAGUA